UAAAAGUGUUGCUAAAAUUUUCCCUUUGAUAACGUUCAACAAAUAAAUAGUACAGAACUAUAUUUACAAUGCACGUAUUUCCGGUUACUGUGUUGUAAGGUCACUGAAAGCGUACAUUACCGGCGACUAUGGAAGUGUCAAAGAAAUAUCACUUUAUUUUUCUUGCAAUUUUGAUUUUGACAGCUGCUGUCUCUUUUGCAGAAGAUACAGAAGAAUCUAAUGAUGAGGACAAUGACACUCGAUCUAGCGAUGAUGAAGAUGUGAGAGAAGAGGAAGGCGUUCUCUAUCUAACUGAUGAUAACUUUGAUAAAGUCACAAAGAAAUAUGAGACUUUUUUAGUUGAAUUUUAUGCUCCUUGGUGUGGUCAUUGUAAGAGUUUGGCACCAGAAUAUUCAAAAGCUGCUUUUCGCUUGAAAGAUGCAGAGGUUCCUGUACCACUAGGAAAAGUUGAUGCCACCCAAAACACUGAUCUUGCUACAAGAUUUGGUGUAAGUGGGUACCCAACUUUGAAAUUUAAAAAAUUUGAUACCUGGAUAGAAUAUGAUGGUCCUAGAGAAGCUGAUGGUAUUGUGGAUUGGGUUAGCGAGAAAGCAGAUCCUAACUACAAACCAGCCCCAGAGACCGUUGUCACUGUUACCAAAGAUAAUUUUGAGGAAUUUAUUAACAGUGCUGAACUUGUUCUAUUAGAAUUCUAUGCUCCUUGGUGUGGCCAUUGUAAAAGACUUGCUCCAGAGUAUGAAAAGGCUGCUCAAAGAUUGAUACUUCAUGAACCACCAAUUCCUCUCGGCAAAGUUGAUGCCACUGUUGAAACAGAAUUAGCUAAGCAAUUUGAUGUUUCUGGCUACCCAACAUUGAAGAUGUUUAGAAACGGGAAACCAUCAGACUACACUGGAGGACGUGAUGCUUUUGGUAUCGUUGAUCACAUGCACAAAUAUUCUGGCGAGGCUGCCAAACUACUGCCAACACUGAAUGACGUGAAAAACAUGAUCAGCAAGGAAUCAGCAACUAUCAUUGGCUUCUUUGAUAACCUCGAGGAUGAGAAAUUGAGAGCAUACAUGAAUGUUGCAAAUGACAGGAGAGAAGACUUGACCUUUGGUUACACCUUGCUGCCCGAGGCCCGUGACCUCUACAAGGUCAACCCUGGUAGUGUUGUUGUGUUUAAUCCGGAGAAGUUCUGGACAAAAUAUGAACAGAAGUACAGUGUUCUGAAAGUGGCAGACAAAUCUGAAGACGAUAUAGCAGCAUUUAUAAAGGAGAAAGAGCUGCCUCUAGUUGGUGAAUAUUCUCAGGCAACAUCCAAGUUUUAUGAUGCCUACCAGAAGGACAUACUUUGUGUCGCCUUUUUUACUGUUGACUGGACUUUUGACCAUAGAGAGGCUACACAGUUGUGGAGAAAGAAGGUUGCAAACAUAGCAAAGGACUAUAAGGACAUAAAGUUUGCUAUAGCCAAUGAAGAAGAUUAUAUUGGUACUAUGAUGAAAGAAGUUGGUCUUGAUGACUCACCUGAGGAAUUUAAUAUUGGUUGUGUUAGACACAGUAAAAAAUACAGAAUGGAACCAAUGGAUGAAUAUGAGGAGGACGAUGUUCGAGAAUUCCUCAAUAAACUGAAAAAAGGUAAAUUGACGCCACAGAUUAAGUCACAGUCCAUUCCAAAGAAGAAUUCUGGACCAGUCAAAGUUGUUGUGGGAAAAACAUUUGAAAAGAUCGUUCUUGAUAAGAAAAAGGAUGUUUUAAUUGAAUUUUAUGCCCCAUGGUGCGGACAUUGCAAAAGUCUAGAGCCAAUUUAUAAAGAACUAGGGAAAUCGUUAAAGAAAGAGAAAAAUCUUGUCAUUGCCAAAUUAGAUGCAACAGCCAACGAUGUUCCUGAAAGUUUCAAAGUUGAAGGCUUCCCAACCAUUUAUUUUGCACCAGCAAACAAUAAGGAAAACCCAUUAAAAUUUGAAGGUGAUCGAACAGUUGAAGGGUUUACCAAAUAUUUGCAAGAGAAAGCAGCUGUUUCAUUUGGCAAGAAUCUCAAGGAAGAGUUGUAACCCAGUCUAAAUUUUAGGUAGCCUAUCAUUAUUAUAAUCACCUAUACAAGUACCAAAUAUCCAUUUAGUCAUGGUGCAGUAACUCAUUUUAUGUGCUUGGAUGUUUCAAUUCAUGUUAAUAAAAUUAACAUUUGAUGCUUUAAGUUACUUUAUGAUUGGGUCUUUGGAGAAAACUGUUUAAAUUGAUUUUAAAUUUUGGCAAAUUUGAUUCAUUUGUGUUAAAUUCACAUUAAAUUGAUAAUUGUAAAGGAGAAAGGAGUGUGAAAUGUUGCAUUAAACUCACAGUAUAUAUAAUAAAUAGCAAGAUAUUUACUAUAUUAUAAAGAGCAUGAACGGUAACUCUACUUAUGUAUUAUGUAUUAAGAACUGUACCUCCGUUUUAAGGAUUUAUUGUAAACUGUGUAUUCAUUUUAAAUAUUUGUUGCUUUCAUUUUAUAAAAGCAAGAGCAGUAAGUCCAAUUUAAAAAGAACGAUAACACCAUUUCAAGUAACCAGUACAGUAAUUCGUUUUGAAGAACUUACAUUUUGGUAAUGGAAAAUUAACUGUAAAAUGACUGCUCUUUUUUUUUCUUUACAUCAUGUAAAAGCAUUCUUUACCAAACGUUUGUACUAGCAAAUGUGUUGAAAGGUUUUGAAAGUGAAUUUGUAAAAGUCUAAUAUCUAUUUUAUGCAAGUUAUGUUACAAAAAAUCUGUCUAGUUAAAUGGUUGUUAGAAGAGGGGUGGGGGUUUUAAACUGAAAAUUUGCUAAGACAAUUAAGUUGUUGGUUUUCUACAUUUUAUGUUUCUUUAGUCUAUGAUGAAUGUUGGUCGUAUUUUUAGAUGGAAACAUUCCAACAGAUUGGCCAUAGUCUUAUUUUGCAUUACACUGACUGUUAGCUUUUGAUAAUAUUGAUAGUAAAAUCCUUAAAAUUAAUUAUUGUUGGUUUGAGUUGAAGAUAAUUCGUUUAAAAUCAUAAGGUAAUAUGGUUGGAAAAAUGUAUGAUUUUAUUAUUAAUUGUGAAUAUUUUUUUUUCUCAUUUAUUUCAUGUUGUGUUGACAGAUUUAGUAGAAACCAGACUUAUUUUUAUAUUUGUAUGUUGUUAAAGUUUUUUGAUAUUCUGUGAUUUGUAACAGUCAUGACUUAGUAAAUUGUAUUUCACAUUACAUAGAUGCAUUCAUAGUCAACGUGUGCCUUUCAUUUGAUUACAUUAUAUUUUUCCUUAAUAUAUGCUGUUUAUGAUUAGAUAUUUUCAUGUUUCGACCAUUUUUUAUUGACAUUCAGUUAAGUAGAACCUGUACUAUUGACAUGGAUUCUGUUAAUAUUACAAAUAUAAGGAACUCAUCAUGUUUGAAAGUAAACUAGGGUAUUUCCUAAUGGUUGGUACAUAGUUGCAAAAGAAAUUAUCUGGAAGAGCUUUUUGACCGAACAUGUGUUACUGGGGAAUUUGCUAACUUACCAUGUCAUAGUGAAACAUCUAGUUGAAUGUGUCUGUUAAAAUGAAUGAUAUUGAUGUCGCUCUGUUUAAGUUUAGUUAAAAUGACUGUAAGUAAAUCAUAUUGAUUUAAAGAGUUCAGUGUUGUUAUGAUAAAAGAGUAAAAUGUAGGUGAUUGAAACAGUUUCAUCAUGACAUAUUGUUUGUAAAUUAGCUGUAGCCUAAAUAAAAGAUAUGUAUAUGGAGUAUACUUAUGUCCAAUAUUGAGUCCACAUCAGAUGUAUUUAAAUGAUUUAUGAUCAGGUAAUAUGGGAAUUCCUAUUUUUUUUCAAGAAAAUUUGUUGAAGGCUCAGUACAUAUAACACUUUAUCAAAAUUGUGUAAUAUAUAAAUCUCUACGAAAAUACUGUGAGUACCUAUAUAUCUAUAUAUGUGUAGUAAGUUGUUAGUAGAUUGAUGUUCUGUUAAAUUCGGUGCCCAGUUAUGUCCGAAAUAAUGCUCUGAUUGGACAUCUAGCUUUCUUACAUUAUACCAUUAUAGUUGGAAAGAGGUUGAUUACUUAAUUGAUUUGAGACUUUUUUACAUGACUUGUAUGGACUUUUGUUUAUCUUUCAUUCAUAGGUAGAUUUUAUCAUAAAUUCUGUAGUAAAUUAAAGUAAAUUUUGUAUUUAACUACGUUUCAUUAAUGAUUGCAUUGUAUAAGGUAUACAAUAUAUAUACCAAGGCCAUAGUUAAAUAUAAAAAGUUAAACAUCCACAUCUUUGUACAAACCCAUUUGGAAUACUGUUCCAAACAAGUUUUCUGUAAUUUUUAAUAGUUGAAUGAUUUAAAAUGAUGUAUGUUUUAUAUUCGUUAAAGCAGCGUUCUUGUCUGAUGUUAUAUAUGUGUGUAUGUAUUUACGUAUGAUCCAUGAAAAUGGUCAAAAUAAAUGAUAUAAAAUGUUA